UCCACUUUGUGUUGUCCCUCAAAAAUAAGUUAUUCUAGUCAAUUCGAUUUUAUCAAUAAUUUUGAAAACUAUAUCAAUUUGUUCGGUUAUGGAAGAAGGAUAAAGAAAACAAUUUAACAGUAUUAUCUUCGAAAUCGUUUACUGACAAACGAUGCACAGUCCCGAUUACAUAAUGGAUACUCCUAACUUGGCAGUUAUCAAUUUAUCCUUGAAGAUCAAAAUCGAACGAAAACAAAUUAGUGCCUCGGACGUCUGAAAUAUUAUGUUAACCUACUUUUGUAUCAUUUGAUCACGUGCUAGAUUUAUUGAAUCAGUUCUGCGGAAAAUAUCAGAAAAUCAAUCAAUCAAAUAUCAGAGAAUAAUGGAAGUGUACACCUGGUAUAUUCUUUGGUUUGCAUUUUAUUGCACAGUUGCCGAUGCUGCGAAAAUUUUAGCUGUUUUCCCCGUACCUGUUAGGAGUCACUUUGUCAUGACAAAAACUAUAUUGACAGCUCUAGCAGCAAAGGGACAUGAUAUAGAUUUAUACACAAUUUUCCCAGAAGAAGAAAUGAUACCCAGAAUCCGCCACUAUCAGAUCCCAAAUAUCGAACUCUUGGAAACACCACUGUCCGUGGAAGAGCUACGUGCUAUUCCAGUCGCAGAAAUGAUAGACGUUAUGUUCACCGAAAAAAGUAACGGUAAUUACGUAUGCGAAAAGAGUUUCAAAACUGAAAUACUGAGAAAACUGAAACAAUCCAAGCAGCAUUAUGACCUCGUACUUCUCGAAAUGUUUGUGGUUGACUGCUUCUUCGGCUUUUCUCAUAUCUUCAAAGCACCAGUUGUUGCCAUCACUUCUAGCGUAGAUCUGCCAUGGGGAUCACAUCGGAUUGGUAAUCCUGACAACCCUUCAUAUAUUCCAACGUAUUUUGGAGAAUUUGGAAAAUCUAUGAGUAUUUACGAAAGGUUACUUAAUACGAUAACACUAGUUUACGCUAAAUACAGACAGAAGGUUCAUCUGAGUUAUCAAGAAAAAUUGGCGAAACAAUUUUUUGGUGGUGAUUUACCCCCUCUGGAUGAUAUAGUUUCCAAUACCAGCCUGAUGAUAGUCAAUAGUCAUUUUAGUUUGAAUCAGCCUCGGCCAACUGUCCCAAACCUCGUUGAAGUUGCCGGAAUCCAUAUAAGAGAACCAAGGAAAUUACCGAAGGAUUUAUUAGAUAUUGUAGGCAAUAAAAAAUUCGUAUAUUUUUCUUUUGGUUCAAUAGUUGGAUCAGAAACCUUACCUGUGGAUAAACUUCAAUACAUCCUCAACUUUCUUGAGGCACUUGAUUAUGUAGUGUUAUGGAAAGCGAGCCAAAAUUCCAUUCCUAAAGAUUUGAGGGUUCCAAAAUCAGUUCAUAUAAGAUCUUGGAUGCCGCAAUUGGAUAUAUUAUGUCAUCCUAAUAUUCAGUUUUUCAUAAGCCAUAGUGGUUUGAUGGGUACGCAAGAAGCAAUUUACUGUGGGGUCCCGAUGCUGAGUGUACCCAUGUUUGCGGAUCAAUUUCUUAAUGCAAGGAACAGUGAAAAUAAGGGAUUCGGAUUGACUCUGAAUUUCGAGAGCAUCACGAAGAAGCACAUUGGAGUAAAAAUCAGAGAAUUAAUCGAAAACCCAAAGUAUAAGGAGAAUGCAAAGGCGGUGUCUUUACAAUUCCGGGAUAGACCAAACAAACCAUUGGAAGAAGCAGUUUAUUGGAUAGAGUACGUCUUGAGAUAUAGAGGCGCUCCACAACUGAGAAGCCAAUCGGCAGAUUUAGCAUACUAUCAAUAUUAUUUGUUAGAUGUGGGAGUUAUUUUCGCAGUUACGCUCAUUAUUAUUGUAUAUAUUUUAUUCAAUUUAAUAAUUUGUAUUUUCACAUAUAGAAAAAACAGAAUACAAAAUAAAGUGAAACGAAACUGAUAAAUUCGUUCUUAUUGACUUUCGGUAUCUGCUA